CACUGUUGUACCCUCACUUCAAGUUUGAUACUGGAACUGGUAGGAGAGAGUGUAAUUCAAGAAACAACUUACCUGCUUGUCUCACAAAGCGGCCACAAUGAUCCAAUUUUUUUUCCUGUCGCUCCUGGGAAUACACGGCGCUGUUGGGGUGACUCACUCCCUAAAAUAUUUCUACACUGCAUCUUCCGGAAUCCCAGACUUUCCAGCUUAUGUGUCUGUCGGGUUGGUUGAUGAUCUUCAAAUAAGUCACUGUGACAGCAUCACCAACAAAAAUGUUCCAAAACAGGAGUGGAUGGAGAGGAUAACAGCAGAGGAUCCACAGUACUGGGAGAAGCAGACUCAGAUCUGUGCGGGUCAUCAGCUGAACUUCAAAAACAACAUUCAAGUCGCAAAGGAGCGCUUCAACCAAACUGGAGGUACCCACGUCGUCCAGUAUAUGUAUGGCUGUGAAUGGGAUGAUCAGAAUGAUGAGGUUGGUGGUUAUCGGCAGCAUGGCUAUGAUGGAGCAGACUUCUUAGUUUGGGAUACGAAAACCAAUACAUGGGUCGCUGCGAAACAACAGGGUUUUAUGACCUCGGCAAGGUGGAACAAUGAUAAAGCGCAGUUGGCGUUUUAUAAGAACUACCUCACCCAGGAGUGUCCUGAGUGGCUGAAGAAGUAUGUGAGCUAUGGGAGGACUUUUCUGAUGAAAACUGUUCUUCCCUCAGUAUCUCUCCUCCAGAAGACUCUCUCCUCUCCCAUCACAUGCCACGCUACAGGUUUCUAUCCUAACAGAGCUGAGAUGAUUUGGAGAAAAAAUGGAGUGGAGCUUCAUGAGGGUGUGGGAAAAGGAGAGAUCCUCACUAACAAUGAUGGGACCUUCCAGAUGAGUGUUGACCUGGAUAUUAGAUCUGUUCCAGCUGAAGACUGGGGAAUGUAUGACUGUGUGUUUCAGCUCUCUGGUGUGAAUGAGGACGUUGUCACCAAACUGGACAAAGCAGUGGUUAAAACCAAUGAAGGUCCUUCAGCAUUCCCUAUUCCUGCUGUUGUUGGUGGUGUUUUUGGUGGUCUUGUUGGCAUAAUGGUCAUCCUGGGACUCGCUGCUGUAGUCUACAAAAAGUGCCUCAAGAAAGGAAACAAUGGAUUCAAACCUGCAAACAAUUCAGACACUUCAUCUUCAUCAUCUGAUGGUUCAGACACUAAGAAAGUGCCUGCUGAAGAGCAGAAAAUGAUCAGCUCCACAGCAUGAAAAUAAUUUGAGUCCACCGUAAAAAAAAAAAAAAAUACAAAAUAAAAAGUCAGAUAUCAGAUAAUCUUCUUAAAUUAAUCUCCAGAAAUAUUUCUAAUUACCAAUGAGGACUAAACAAAAUAUUUAAAGUUAAACUGGGCACAUGAUUCAGUUUUCUCAAUGGGUUUCUGAGAUGUUUUGGUGAAAUCUGUGGUAGACAUGAUGAUAAUAUGUAGAAAAAGCUGUUUUUCCUCUUUGUUAAACUUGUUAAAAAUGAUGUUGAGUUAAUACUCUCAACCUUUGUCACAGAUAAGUAAAAAGAAUUACAUUUAAUGUCUUACACAGCUCAUGUAGAAUGUGGGUGUAUCGUGGCAGUUUGAAUCUCUCUUUGGUGUGUAAAUAUUCUUAAAAGGCAGGAGUUGUAAUUAAAUGUAUUCUUCUCUUACAAAUUGCAAUGUGUGUGUAUAUCCUAAAAUGAUUUAAAAUGACAGUGACAUAAUCUAGUCUAUUAAGAUAACUGUUUGAAAUAACUUUUUUCCCACCCCAUUCCUCUCAGUUAUUUUAUUGGCUUCUUUUGACAUUUUUGCUUAAGAUCUGUUAAUCAGUUAGUUUGUGUGCUGGGUUAGGAUUAUUUGAUUCUUUGUUGUAGAAAGUAUGACAUUCCUAUUUUGUUGCAACUUGGACAAAUUAAGGUCUGAUAAAUAAAGUGCUUCCUAAAACCA